GUUAUAUCAAUGAUAAAAAGACAUCUGCUACCUCCCCCGCUUCAGAACUAAAUAUUCUGUCCGUCUUUCAAUGGAAGCUCAGCGUCUGCUUUCUGGGUUUUGCUCAACAUCGCCGAUUCCAAAUGCCAAAACCCAAUUCUUUGUCAAAUAUCCCUCCCCUUCUUCUUCCACCACAUCUUUUGCUCAAUCCCACAAAUGGGUCUCCUUCAAAGCUCGCCCUUUGUCUACCAAGUUAAUAAAGUGCACGAACACCACACACACAGAGACAGCUGAGGUGGUGGUUUCUUCGGAUUCAUACAGUCAAGAUUCGAUAGGUGGGAUUCUGCGGAAAAAGCUUGCGGUUUUUGUCUCCGGCGGUGGCUCCAAUUUCCGAUCAAUCCAUGAAGCGUGUCUUAACGGUUCAAUUCUCGGAGACGUUGUCAUUUUGGUCGCAAGUAAACAAGGUUGCGGAGGUGCCGACUAUGCAAGAGAUAAGAGCCUCCCGGUUAUAGUGUUCCCCAAAACUAAACUUGAGCCCGAUGGAAUAUCUCCGGCUGACCUUGUUGCUACCCUUAGGGGAUUGGAGGUUGACUUUGUCCUCCUGGCUGGUUACUUGAAACUUAUACCGGUAGAGUUGAUACAAGCUUAUCCCAUAUCCAUACUGAACAUCCAUCCCUCACUCCUACCAGCAUUUGGAGGCAAAGGUAAUUACGGUAUGAAGGUCCACAAAGCAGUCAUUGCUUCUGGGGCAAGAUACUCAGGCCCUACAAUACAUUUUGUUGAUGAGCACUAUGAUACAGGACGUAUCCUUGCUCAAAGAGUUGUCCUUGUGCUUGCUAAGGACACUGCCGAGGAGCUGGCAGCAAGGGUUCUUAGGGAGGAGCACGCCUUAUAUGUGGAAGUAACAAAAGCGUUAUGUGAAGAACGGAUAAUUUGGAGGGAGGACGGUGUUCCUAUCAUCCGAAGCAAAGAAAAUCCUGCUGAAUACAGCUAGAGGAACCAAAGUUGACAUCCCAAGGAGUGUAUAGUGGCGGUGAUACAGCAGAGGUAUGAAGAUUUUUUUAGCUAUUCUCAUUUGCUUAUCCAAUUGUUCCCUCAUAUUGGUCUUCAACUCUUUGUUUUCAAUCUUUUUGAAGUUAAUCUUUAGAUUUUUCUCAAGCCAAGUGUUUUUAGAUAUUAUUAUAUCUGGAAUUUAUAUGUUAAAAGGAAAUUGAACUAAGAUCAGAUGAUUAUAACGAGAGAGAAUGAAAAGUAGAAAUUUUUCUUCUUGUUUUUUUAUUUCUUGUUGUUCGGUAUAUAAUUGUAAGCUCCAUGGUUGUAUUGACAAACCUCACUUUUCCCAAGAAUCCAACGUAAUCUUGUAGCAUCACCCAAAUGUUGCAGUAUCUGAAUUCAUGUAUGCAUGUUUUCCAAUAUAUGCCCUUGUUCUCUGAAUGUCAAAAAUGUCUUGAGACUGGUGAGUGUUCUUUUGUGAUAAGGUAUCUGGUAAGUGAAAGAGUUUUGGUUUCUUUCUCUUCAAAACUCGUUCUGUUGCCUGAAAAGCCCAACAGCUGCCCCAGAAGAAGAUUGGUAAUCGGAUGACCGUGUACCAGUUGCUGGUGGUUAGCCCUGGCCCGGCUCCUAAUGCCGCUGCUGGACCCGUGGCUGUCCAGGCGGCCCAAUUCCGGGCGGGGUCAUAGUACACGCAGCGUAAGGUCUACAUGAGCAAUGUUGGGGCGGACUUGGACCCCCCUCUAGGGUGAUUUGAUAACGUCUUGCUUGAUAUUUUGGUUGCCAAUUCUAUUGAUAUUCUACUAGUGUGAAGUGUUACUGAUGUUUCAAGGUAAAACGUUACGAAUGAGAAGACCGGUUUUCUGGAAGGUGGUUUUGACACUCCUGUAUGUAAUGUAGUGGUACUUGGUUUUCGCUUUAGAUCCUGCUAUAUAUGUUCUAUUGAUAUCCUGUCCUGAUGUUUGAAGUUUUAUUUGCGCCACUCCAAAAUCCAAAUAUACUCGUGU